CUCCCCUGAAGCCACAGACCCGUCUCCCAGCAUCCCUGCUGUGUAUUCUCCCCAUUUCAUUACCAAUUCCACAUCCGCCACCACAUUCCCUGAUUUACUGGGCCUGAAGCGUAACUCCAUCAUGUCACAUAUGGGCAUGGGUGGCAUGGACGGCGCGGGGAUGUCGAUGAAGCCCUAUCUCCACUUUACACCGGGUGAUAUGCUCUGGUUCAUGGCCUGGACCCCGUCCUCUUCAGGUGCCGUCUUCGGCGCUUGCUUUGGGCUUUUCCUUAUCUCUAUCAGCGAGCGGUUGCUCAAUGCUAUCCGGGUUAUCAUGGCGGUCGAAUGGGAGAAACGGGCUCGACUGGCGAAGUCAGUCAAUGACAGUGCCGCGCCGUUACCCACUAUAGCCCAAGCCCAACAAAUCGAGCCGAAGCCAUCUCCAUCGCCUGACCCUAGUGCUCGCCCAGCACAGUCUGUUAGAUCUAUUAGAAACCACAUACGUCAGUUGCCCUUCAUUCCAGCGCACGACCUGUCUCGCGGGGUUCUGUUCGCCCUUCAAAGCACGUUUGUGUAUUUGCUCAUGCUGGCAGUUAUGACCUUUAAUGCCCCCUUCAUCCUCAGUAUCGUGAUAGGCUUAGGGGUAGGCGAAACAUUAUUUGGGAGAUUCGCCGCAGUCGCACCGGGCGCGGGACAUUGAUUGAUUCAGUGAGUUCACGAGCUAUUCCACCGUUCGUAACAUCCCCCAAUCCCUCAGUCAGUCCAUUGUCUUUCUGAGACUGCGCAUAAGCACUGAGCGGAUUGCAUUGAUAACUCAUUUUUUGAACCUGC